CCAACCUUUAACCAACCACCAACAACAUAAUACUUAAAUCUUAAAAAGCUGAACUGUUCGAUUUUUAUUAAAUUUGGAUCAUAAUAUUUUUAUUUUAAAAUAUAAUUAUCACUCUGGAGAAUCAUAUUUGAAUUCCAGAGUUCUUGUUGUGGGUUAUCGUGUUAUUUAUUGUGGAUCGUACUCUACGAGUGAGAUCCCUUUCUGCUCUCUUUGCAGCCACUUUGAUUCGAUAGACGACUGCUGAGCAUUACGUCGUCUUCUUUAUUUCUUCUUUCCCAUCGGUAAGUGCGCCAGCGAUUGCUCGACUUUCUGGGAGUAUACGGGCGAACCUUAUUUGUGGUAUUUGAGUAUCAUUGAUGUUUCUAAGAUUUGCUCUAUACUUUAACGUACCUUCGCCUGCAUCCUGUUUCGAAGUUCUGAGGCUCUCUCGUACUAUGUGAAUGUGCAUUCAACGAUUUUGUCUCGACAAUUCAUUGUUCCCGCGUCGUGUUUCAUCUUUUGCAACUCAUCAUUCGGAGAGAAUAGUCUCUCUUAUUUUAAAGUCGUUCACGCAUCUGGCUUACGUGCAUAUGCUAACUUUCUAGGUGCGUUGUUGUUUUCACUUCACAUAUCCGAUAGUUAUUUAUAAUUUGCCACCUUUCCUUCCGACUUGGUCUUAUUUCGUUUGUGCUUUGAUCUCUUUCUUGCUGGUUUCCCAUUGCAUUUCCACCAUACUGCUUAUCAUAAUUACCCUUCUGGUUUCCCUUCAUUUCUUAUAUCGUCUCGUUUACCUUUGUGAUUUUAUACGUCUUUCUUAUGGCUCUUAUGGACCCCCAGUCAACAAAUCCUUCGCUCUUUUUAAGAUCUGCAAAUGACUUCUCUAAUCUCAUGAAUUCUCCAAACUUACGUCGCCUUCCUAUAACGAAUGCCUCGGCUAUUCAUAAUCAGCGUGCACGUCCUUCUUACGACUUGGUUGAAGCGCCCACCCGUCAAGCAACAAACUUGGCUCGUGAAGGUGAACCCAAUAAGCCGUCUGCACAAAGCCCAUUAAAACGAUUUGAUUCCCUUCCGCUUUCUGCUCGACCAGUAUAUACUGUCCGUUCCAGUACUAUGGCCAUGAAUGCGACGAGAAUGCAUUCCGACUCUGUUUCGUCAUCCUCUUCAACCAUGUCCGUUUCCCCUCCUAAUAGCAGCAAACAUUCGUCCAAGGAUAGCAUUUCUAGAAGCCAUUGGAAGCCUGACUCCGAGGCUAAUGUUUGUGCGUUCUCUAAUUGUCAAGUUCAGUUUGGCCUUUUCGAUAGGAGGCAUCAUUGCCGCCGCUGUGGUGAUGUAUUCUGUUCAAAUCAUUGCGGGAAAAACAUUUAUUUGACCACAAAUGUCAAGUUUGCUUUGGUUGGCGGCCAAAGUGCUCGUGCAUGUAAUAAUUGCUACAGCGACUAUCUGAAAUGGAAACAAACCAUGGACGUUUCCCCAGUUUCACAGCCUUAUGGAGUUUCUCAAACAGGUUUUGGUAACCAAGAUCCUGCUAUUUAUCCCACGCAGCAAGGUUUUUCGCCCUCCGUUGUGAUUCCGAAGCGUGCAAAUCCUGCCACUAAUUACGAAAUGCCCUCCGAGAGUUUAAUUCUCGGAACCGUUCCUGAAGACUGGAUCUGGAGCACAUUCUAGAGCUUCCAUGUUUCUGGAUUUUUAUUUUAGCUUUGUCUCUGCUUGUGGUCGUUUUCAUAUUUCAUUCUCUUUUUGUUGUAACUCUUUCUGAAUUUUCUGUCUAGAAAUGGGCCAUCUAUCACCGCUCUUUUAGGCCCUUCUCUUCAUCUUUAAGUUAGAUGUCUCGUUUUCCUGCGUUUUUUUCUCUUCUGUUUUUCUAACUUUUGCCAUUUUUACAAACAUUCUCUGUUCUCUUUUUGUUUAUGAUACUGAAGGGUCUCUGUACGCUUAAGACUUGGUUACGUGUGCGGCAUAACUAUCUCCAAGUGCCAUCUUUUUGCGACUUCUGUUCUAAACAUUGCGCUUGCUUACUGCUUAGCUACACUUCAACCCAUGUGGUUAUUUUUUUGGUUUAAUAACAUGUAAUGCUUUACCUAAAAUGUAGGAUGGCGGCGCGUAUGAAAUCGUACAUUAAUUACUUUGUUCGUUAG